CUUCUCCCACACUGUGCACCACAGCAUCUCCCAAUAAAAUUUCUAUAUCCCUCUCAAACCCCUCCUCACCGUCGAUCAUUAUUUUUCUGUACUCUGCUUUUACCAUUCUCUUUUUUUACUCAAUCACACUGGCCGAUGAAAUUUUGUAUUGUGCACCGCAUUUCAUAGGAUCAUAACGGAACCGAAUGAAAUCAAAAUGAUUAUGACCGCUCUACGCGUCGUCAUCUGAUUUGGGACGGCACAAAACGGUUUUUGCUCUUCCCAGUGUUUGCGAAUACCACAUCGUUUCUCUGUGUAGGUACAGCUAUGGAGUCUCGGGUGCUUUCACGCGCUGCCGCAUUUGCCGCCGUAUCGCGCAUCCCGAGGCUGCUUCGAGAGAGUGGAAACUCUGCAAGCGUCGUGGCUGUGAGGCAGAUCGGAGCCGUUGGCGAGGGCGGUAACUUGAUAUGGGGGAGGCAGCUCAGGCCGGCUCUGCUGCUUGAGAGCUCGCCGGCCUCGUGCGUCUUGUCUGGGAAGAGGGAGACUCUGAAGCCGUGCUUCGCAUCCGCUUCCUCUCCCGCUGAGGGGAGUGAUUCCGCAGGGGAACCGAAGGUUGCUCCAGUUGGCUUAUUUAACAAGUACCCGGCUCUGGUUACGGGUUUCUUCUUCUUUAUGUGGUACUUCCUGAACGUGAUAUUCAACAUACUAAACAAGAAGAUCUACAAUUACUUCCCCUAUCCAUACUUUGUGUCAGUUAUUCAUUUGCUGGUUGGCGUGGUGUACUGUUUGGUGAGCUGGGCCGUGGGCCUUCCGAAGCGUGCACCGAUUGACUCAAAAGUUUUGAAGCUGUUGAUCCCUGUUGCUGUAUGUCAUGCAUUAGGCCAUGUGACCAGUAAUGUAUCAUUUGCAGCAGUAGCCGUCUCUUUCACUCACACAAUCAAAGCUCUUGAGCCAUUCUUCAAUGCUUCUGCUUCUCAGUUCAUACUAGGACAACCAAUACCCUUGACUCUAUGGCUUUCUCUGGCUCCUGUUGUUCUUGGUGUGUCCAUCGCAUCACUGACUGAGCUGUCAUUCAAUUGGACUGGCUUCAUUAGUGCUAUGAUUUCCAACAUCUCCUUCACAUACAGGAGUAUAUACUCAAAGAAAGCCAUGACUGAUAUGGAUAGUACUAAUGUUUAUGCCUACAUUUCCAUAAUUGCUCUCUUUGUUUGUAUUCCACCAGCCAUCAUUUUUGAGGGACCACAGCUGAUGAAGCAUGGUUUUAGCAGUGCAAUUACUAAAGUCGGAACAACCAAGUUCAUCUCAGACCUCUUUUGGGUGGGUAUGUUUUACCACCUUUACAACCAGUUGGCUACCAAUACCCUUGAGAGGGUUGCUCCUCUUACACAUGCAGUUGGCAAUGUGCUGAAACGUGUAUUUGUGAUUGGCUUCUCAAUCUUGGUCUUUGGAAACAAGAUAUCAACACAAACAGGUAUCGGUACAGCCAUUGCAAUUGCUGGAGUGGCAAUCUACUCUUACAUCAAAGCCAAGAUGGAAGAAGAGAAAAGAAGAACUAAAGCAGCUUGAAUUGAGAAGACGAGAAGGGUGGGGCUGGAGCCUUCUUGGGUGUAAAAAUCAAUUCCUAUGAUGUCGAAAAUUAAAAAGAAAUUUGAGUACAUUGUUAAUGUUUUCCAGUUAUUUUUCACUAAAAUUUCUUAUAUUCCGUGAACAAACAGUUGCAAAUUAUCACCAGCUCUUGUUUGGCUAUCAAUAACGUAAUCUUUACAGUCUCUCAGAACACGCUUAUAUAAGACCUGACCAGACACUUUCUG